UUUGUACUUGUUCUAAUAUAACAUGGCAGGGUAGGUCCAGUCAGGAUACAUUCUGCUGCUGAAGGCUGUUAGAAGUUAUAGUUCAACAGACGUGUAGCGGGUUGGCCAUACCCGAUAUAUUUAAUCCUCCACACAGCUUGUGUCUGUACACAGUAUGCCUUUGAAUUCAGUGUGAUUUCUGCUUGGUGGCUCUUUACUGAAGAUCCAGGAUGGCAAAAGUUCAGAAGCUUCCUUUGCCGUGGUCAGAAUGUAUAUGCCCAAUAUGCCAGGAGAUCCUUUUGGAACCUGUGACCUUACCCUGCAAACACACCCUUUGCAACCCUUGCUUUCAGAUGACUGUAGAAAAAGCCAGCCUUUGCUGUCCAUUUUGCCGCAAGCGGGUAUCAACUUGGGCUCGCCAACAUUCCCGCACUCGGACUUUGGUUAAUAAAGAGUUGUGGGAGGUAAUACAGAAGCAGUACCCAAAGCAAUGUCAGCGUCGGGCCAGUGGACAAGAGUCUGAUGAUCUUUCAGAUGAGUUAACAUCUUGUCCAGUUCCAGUUUUAUGUAAACCAGGAGAAAUCAGACAGGAAUAUGAAGCAGAGGUUAGCAAGAUAGAAGCUGAGCGCACUGCUCAAGAAGAGGCAGAGAGAAAGGCAAGUGAGGAUUAUAUCCAGAAACUGUUAGCAGAAGAAGAAGCUGAAGAAAAUCUUCAUGCAGAAGCAUCGCAGAGGGAGAUAGAGGAGCAGCUGAAAAGAGAUGAGGAAUUGGCUCGGUUACUAAGUGGAGAUAUGGAUUUGUCAAAUGCCUCCUGUACUUCUGUGUCGCCUGUAACAUCAAAGAAAGUAGUCUCUAAAUCCAGCAAAAUUGUGAAAAGCAAGCAGAGAGUAUCUGGAGACAUAGAGAGAUUUCUUUCUCCAAAGCCUCGAAGAGCCUUGGCUGCUUUUGGAAUUAAUGAAUCCAGGAAUUCUGACACUUCGGGGAGUUGUAUCCUUUUGGAUGAGGAUGAGGAUGAAGAUGAGAUUCCAGACCUCUCACCUCAGUGUCCUUCCACCAGCUUAAUACAAGAAAGAGAUGUUGAGCUACCAAUGCCAUAUUUACCUAACUGUUACAAAUUAGAGUCUGACGCAGCCAGUCAGCAGGAUAGCUGUUCUGAAAGGAAUGAUAUUUGCAAUGGGACUUAUUCUUGCUCUGACAGUAUAGAUGUAGAAGUGAGCAAGACUAUGGAACAACAAAGAGCUACAGCAGAUUCUCAGGAGUACAGAAUGGAGACUAAUGCAAUGAGCUACAGUACACCUAAAAGAAAAUGUGAAGAAUGUUAUCUUGACAUAGAAGAAAAAGCAGGGAGUUGUCAAAGUGUUAAAAAGAAAAAGCUGUCUCUAUCAGAGGACAGCCCAGUACUUAGUGUUCAUGCUGGGAAAUUCAUUGAAUUGGAAGAGAAUCUAUAUGAGCGGAGGAAACAGGAGGAACACGAUAGGCUAUUUGCCCUCCAGCUGCAAAGAGAGUUGGACAAAGAACUGAAACAAGUAAACAGAGGGAAGGGUUCUCCAGAUGAGUAUCAGCUAAGACCUAAAAGAGGCUUAAAACUACAGGAUUCACCUUUGCCUCAUAAUGAACAAACACCUGUACAAGAUAAGGGUGGGAAUACACAGAGUGGGUAUAGCCCGGAUGAAAACAAAAAACCUUCCAGAAAAAAAAGCAUCACAUCUUCUCAAGUCAGGCAGAGCAGAGCAGUAACCAAUACUGAGCGGUCCUCUGAAGGGAUGAAUGUAUUAAAGCCAAGUAACAAGCAGCCAACUAUACUGGACCUAUUCCAAAGAUCAGCUGGCAAAUAAAAUUAUUUGUUAACUGUUCUGGUACAUAUCUAUAAAAUCUUUUUUGUAUGAUUUUCAGUAAGUGUAUGCUGGCCCGCUGACCCUGACUGAUAUCCGUGUGUUGAGCCAGUUAACGGAGCAGACCUGUUUGAAAUCUCAUCUGCUGAUGGAUUAUAUUUUCUAGUGUAUGGUGCAUCACUGGAUAAGGAAGUGAAGAGGAGCUGUAGCUGCCUCCCUAGGAAAUAUGGCCCUGAGUACAUUGUGUGUGGCAUUAGCUGACUCUAAGGAACAUUGUAGGAUAGGCUGAGCUUUAUUUAGAAAAUUGAUAUGGCAGUGCUAAUAGCAAACACAUAGAAAUAAAAAGCAAAGAGUUUUGCAGAAAACAUAUUUAGCAUGCCACCUUAUAUAAAUCUAUAUUUGUACUGCCACUGGUUACGGUUUUGUUUUCAAAUUAUAGUUUAGGCUUGGGCUACAUAGGUAAGAGUCAUCCUGAGAGACUGAAUGGAGACCAGGGCUGUAAUAUGUGGCAAGAUCCUGGAACAUUACAGGCAAUAAGGCUGCCUUACACAGCAUUCGCUUUGGCACUUUUAUGGCAGCAAUGUUUGAAUGCUGCUAAGUCUAAUGGCACACGAAGCGAGAUCGUCCCCUUUCCCCCUCGGAAAGCAAUGCAUAGGUCUUCCCACCGUGACUCGCGCUGCGUGCUAUUAGCCUAAGGAUUUCUGUAACUCCAUGUAGCUCCAACCUUACUAUUGUUUUUUUCAAAGAGAUGAAUGGUUGAUUCAGUGUCCUGCUACUGUUACCAUUACAUAUUCAGUACUGAUCUUCUCUAAUUUAGGAACAGACUACAGCAUUAGUAACUUGUUUUCACAAUUCACCAAUGCACCCUGUAAGCUCACAGGUGAUGUGGUGGGAAAACAGGAAAAAAAGUGUUUUCAUUAAUUUACUUGCUGCUAUUUUGUACCAAAGUUUUGUAUAAUUUUUGUUUAGAAUUAUACAGGGGUUAAUAAUUUCACAGGUUAAGAACUAUGAUUUUACAUUAGACUUUUCCUUUUCACAUGUAUAGUUUGCAGUUCAGCAAUUUUAUAUUAGAGAGUUAACCUAAAAACAAAAUCCUACCUUUAGGCUUUGUGUCCAAAGCAAAGCAGGUUUGAGAAUACCCUGUUGCUUCGUUUUUAUUGCACUUCUACUGCAUGUAGUUUUAACACAAAAAUAACAUUGAUGUGCUGAGUACAAAUUGCAUCCCACAUGGCCUGGUCACCUUGCAGCUGUGGUGGGAAGAGGAAUUACACGGGUUGUUCACCUUUAAAAUAACUUUUAGUAUGAUGUAGACAAUGAUCUUUUUAGACAGUCUUGCAGUUGGUUUUUAUUUGUGGCUUUUCAGUUAUUUGGCACUUUGUUCAGAAGCUCUCAAAUUUAAAAUGUCAUCAGCUAUCUGAUUGCUAUGGCCUUGUUUACCUUAGGAACCAGGCAGUGGCUUGAAUGAUAGACUCUAAUAUGAAAAGGAGGGGGCUGGAAUAAAAAGAUAAGUAAAAAAAAAAUUA